AUGGACGACUCAAAAAAAUCAAUAAAUGUAGAAAAGGCUAGACUAAAAAAAUCUAAUUUUGUUUUAAAAGAAAUUAUGUUAAAAAUUUUAGUAGUUGGAGAUUAUGGAGUAGGAAAAACUGCCGUAAUAAGAAGAUAUGUUGAAGGCAAAUUCACAUCUAAUUACAAAGUUACAAUCGGGGCUGAUUUUUCAAUAAAAACCAUGCCUUGGGAUAGUACAACGGAGGUUAAUAUACAAUUAUGGGAUAUAGCUGGUAAUGAAAAAUUAACAUUUAUGUCAAGAGUCUACUAUAAGUAUGCGGCUGCUGCUGUUAUAGUUAUAGAUAUAUCAAGAAUAGCAACUUUUCAUUCGCUACAAAAUUGGUUAAAGGAUAUCAGAGAUAAAGUGAUUUUAUCUGAUGGGCUACCUGUUCCUAUUAUUAUUCUAGUUAAUAAAUGUGAUAUAAAUGAAAUAUCUGUUCCUCUAGAUGCAUUAAAUAAAUUAAGCAAGCAAUAUGGUGUACUUAAAUGGUUUAAAACUAGUGCUAAAUGUAACAUAAACAUAGAUGAUGCCAUGAAAUUUAUAAUAACCAAUGCUAUGAAACAUAAAUUAAAAGAAUAUCAACAGGAAAAUGAAAAUGUCAUAUUACAUUCAAAAAUCGAUAACGAUAAACAUAAUACUUGUUGUGACUGA